AAAAAAAAAAAAAGCUGAAACAGAAACAGGCUGUCAUCUCACGCUUCCAGGCAUUAGAGUGCUACAGCCCGGGUCAAAAGCUAAGCAAAGUUUGACAAACAGAAGCUUCUGUUAAAACUUUAACCUGAAAGUCCAAAAGGGAAUACAAAAGUGAAUAAAAACAGCACUGCCAAAGGAUAGACACAAAGUGAAUGCAAGGACCAUAAUGGCAGCAAAAACGUUGGGACAUGAUAUUGAAAACCUAUCAGUUGUGGUACAUGGAGUUGGUGAUCUUCGCUUGGAAAACCGGCCAGUGCCUGAACCAAAUGCAAAUGAGGUAUUGCUGAAAAUGCAUUCUGUAGGUAUAUGCGGCUCAGAUGUCCAUUAUUGGCAGCAUGGUCGCAUUGGGGAUUUUGUUGUGAAAAAACCAAUGGUACUGGGUCAUGAAGCUUCUGGAACAGUGGUAAAAGUGGGCUCUUCUGUAACUCACCUAAAGCCAGGUGAUAGAGUGGCUAUUGAACCUGGUGUUCCAAGAGAAACUGAUGAAUUCUGCAAGAUUGGAAGAUAUAAUUUGUCUCCUAGCAUUUUCUUCUGUGCUACACCACCAGAUGAUGGAAACUUAUGUAGAUAUUAUACACACAAUGCCAAUUUUUGCUAUAAGUUGCCGGAUAAUGUAACAUUUGAAGAAGGAGCUCUGAUAGAGCCUCUUUCUGUGGGAAUUCAUGCCUGUAGAAGAGCUGGAGUAACUCUUGGAAGCAAAGUCUUUAUUUGUGGUGCAGGGCCUAUUGGACUAGUUUCUCUUCUUGUUGCAAAGAUGAUGGGAGCAUCACAAGUUCUGAUUAGUGACUUAUCUUCCCAACGUCUAGAAAAAGCAAAAGAAGUGGGGGCAGAUGUUGUUGUUCAAGUCACCAAAGAGACCCCAGAGGAGAUUGCACAUAAAGUUGAAUGUCUAUUAGGGUGUAUGCCAGAGAUAACUAUUGAGUGCACUGGCGCAGAGUCAUGUAUACAAACAGGAAUUUAUGCAACUCGGUCUGGUGGGACUCUGAUACUUGUUGGUCUGGGUCCAGCAAUGGUUAAUCUACCUAUUGUAAAUGCAGCAGUGCGAGAGGUGGAUAUUAGAGGAAUUUUUCGAUACUGCAAUACGUGGCCCAUGGCUAUAUCCAUGCUGUCUUCCAAAAGAGUCAAUGUGGCCCCAUUGGUCACUCACCGUUUCCCUCUAGAGAAGGCUCUUGAUGCAUUUGAAACAACAAAAAAAGGCCUGGGUGUCAAAGUAAUGCUUAAGUGUGAUAAAAAUGAUCAAAACCCAUGAUAUAGAAUUAAUAUUGUCAAAUAAACAUAUGAAUAUGAAUUAAUGUUGACCUUAAACUGCAGUUUUAUCUUUAAUAUUCUUAAUUUCUGGCAUAAUUCUGGACUAAUAAUAAUAAUAAUAAACAUCUAAAUAGCAAUUGAUGAAUUUAUUGUUGCUGGAAAAAAAUCUUAUUUGAAAUAAGAGAAAAAAAAAUGUAUAAAUUGAUUAUCAUGUUGAAUUAAAAGUUUGAGGCAGUUGUCAGUUAAAAAAUAACUUACAAUCUAACAAAUAUGAACAAGGUUUGUUUAAAAUGAUAGUACUAUAUAUUUCACCAAUUAAAAGUAAAGCACUGCAUGAUAAUGUAUACUUCAAUAAACAUUACAUUUAGCAUAAAUUGUUUAUAUCAAAUAAAAUUGGCAUAAUGUUGA